CUCUCAAGAUUGGUAUUUGCCUUCAACCUCUGAAAUUCGCUUGUACCUCAAAAUGCCGAAACUGUUCAACAAAAAAGAACCUCCUAAAACAUCAAAAUCCACGGAUACUAAAGAAGAACCUUCAGAUGAACACGAUUUUAUCCGCAAAGAAUUUGGAGAUUACUGGAAGAACCCAAAGAACGACAAGUUCGAGAGGAUCCUCAAAGAUGGAGACACCAAACCGAAGAAGAAAGAUUUCCAAUUGACCCUCAACAUACCAGAGUACAAACCGGAAGAGGUGUUGGUAGCAGCCAACGGAAAUGUGGUGGAAGUAAAAGGUAAACAUCAAGAAAGGGAUGAAAAAGGUGAAAUGCAGACUGUUAGAAGUUUCAUCAAGUCCUUCAGUAUAUCGGAAGAUUGUGAUGUAUCGCAGCUGAGGAGUAAGUUUGAGAAGGAAGGUGUCCUCACCAUCAGUGCACCGAGGAAGACUGAAUAGCCAUGAGAAAUUCAUUUCAAAGUUGUAGUGUUAGAAAAUAUUAUAGAUUCAUUAACAUUUUUGUAUAAUAUGGUGAUUAUGUGUGAGUUUGGAGUGUAUUAUUUAUGAUUUUAUUUAAUAAAAAUAUUUGGUGA